AUGCGAGACACUUGGGUACCUUUUGUGCUGGGGCCGCAGGAUGAUUGGUCUAAAGUGACCAAUGGCGAAGAUCGCAAGAGAAUCCAGAAUCGACUCUCACAAAGAGCCAGAAGAGCUCAACUGAAAGCCAAGCGAUCACCGCCCAAAACUAGCUUUGUAAGAGCCGUGGAUGAUGUUACAACACAAUCUUCACCCGAUACAGCAACUUCAUCUAGUAGUGUGCUGUCGCUGGUCGGCGACUUGAAUGGCGAAUCGCUUUUAUCAUCACCAGACGGCAGUAACACCGCAUAUCCUUUGGCAACAAUAACAGAGGCUGGUACUGAUGAAGACAUACCCACUCAGUCUCGGCCAACUGAAGCUUUAGUCACAACAUCGCGUCAUUCACUACCUUAUCCUGAAACUCCACCGCUCAACCUGAACCAAGAAUUCCUUUUCCUAACGUCAACCAACAUUAUUGCUGCUUAUAUAGCAAACGCAACUCUGCUUCAGAUUUCUUGCACCACAACGCACCCCCGGACUUUCCACAUAACUACCUCCUCUGCGCCUGCAUCACUUGAACCUACGUUGUUACAGAAAACUAUUCCCCAUCCUCCGGUAAUAGACAUUAUACCAUUUCCUGGGGUUCGUAACCGGCUUAUUCGCUCCCUUGACGUCAUUGACCUGGGAAAACUGUCGCAAGAUUUGGUUGAUGGUGCGUUCCGAGUUUGGGGUCACGCAGCGUGGGACGGCAUGGGGUGGGAGGUUACUGAGGCUUUUGCCAGAAGGUGGUGGUUUCUUAUGGAUGAGCAAUUAAUCAGCGUGACGAAUUUCUGGAGAAGGCAGAGACUGGAGAACGAACUAAUCAUGAGAAAUGACGAAGUGUCCGUCGAGACGUAG